AUGGAGCAGCUAACAAAACUCCUCCUGUGGCAGAUUUUGCUUCAGCAAAGUUCUGUUCAUUCAUAUUCAGUCCCAGCUGAUGCCUCCAACCCAGCCAGCGUGGUAGUGUCAGUGUCCAACAUCAGUGCUGCCCUGGGCUCCCAGGCCGUGCUGCCCUGCAAGAGUCACCGCAUGGUGUGGACCCAGGACCGGCUCAACGACCGCCAGCGCGUGGUCCACUGGGAUGUGCUCAGCACCUACUAUGGAGACAACAAGAUGGAGAGGCUCUGUGACAUGUACUCAGCUGGAGAUCAGCGUGUCUACAGCUCCUACAACCAGGGCAGGAUCCUCAUGCCCCAGAACGCCUUCGCGGAUGGCAACUUCUCCUUGGUGAUCAAAGGUGUUGCAGAGAGUGAUGAAGGCAUCUACUCUUGUAAUCUUCACCAUCACUACUGCCACUUAUAUGAAACUGUGAAAAUCCAGCUAAGUGUCACCAAGGAAGCCGAGGCCGCCAGCGAGUACUGGGAUGGGGAGAAGCCUGUGAUUGUCGCCCUGGAGGGCAGCACAGUGACGCUGCCCUGCGUCAACCGGAACCACAUCUGGACGGAGCGGCACAGCGAGGAGGAGCAGCAGGUGGUGCACUGGGACAGGCAGCCCCCGGGGGUCCCUCACGACCGUGCCGACCGCCUGAUCGAUCUGUAUGCCUCGGGCGAGCGCCGCUCCUACGGCCCCCUCUUCAUCCGCCAGAAGAUGAACGUCACUGGCGCCGCCUUCGCCCUGGGGGACUUCUCCCUGCGGAUUUCACAGCUGGAGAGCGCGGACGAGGGCACUUACUCCUGCCACCUGCACCACCACUACUGCGGCCUGCACGAGCGCAGGAUCUACCAAGUGUCUGUGACCCAGCCGGCUGGAGAGAAGAAGGUGCUGGUGAACCUCACCAAUCACAUUGCCCCAGCCCUGGAUCCAAAUGUUGUCAGGGGCCACAAUGUCAUAAAUGUCAUCAUUCCUGAGAGCCGGAUGCACUUCUUCCAGCAGCUGGGCUACAUCCUGGCAACUCUGCUGCUCUUCAUCAUCCUCCUCAUCGUCGUCGUCCUCAUCACCCGCAAGCGCCGGCAGAGAGGUUAUGAGUACAACGUGAAGAAAUAUGGAGAGAAGGAUGUAAACCUCAAAGAAUUUACAGUUGACACCACAGAUCUGACUCACCAGAAAAGUGAAGACAUCAGGCUGGAUUACAAAAACAACAUCCUGAAGGAGAAGGCUGAGCAAGCCAGAAGCUUCCCAGCAAAGAACAUCGAUUUAGACAAAGAUUUCAGGAAGGAAUACUGUAAAUGA